AUGAUUGCGAUUCUUUCCGUCGUUUUCGCCUUCUUGGCUCCACAAGCUAGCGCUGUCAUCAGCGGAGAUCUCAACUGUACCACGUACAAUGGAUCCGCCGUGAGUUGCACGAAUUCAGACCAUCAAUUAGAAUCAACUGAAUUUCCAGUUCGUGUGGGCUCCAUCGGCCGUCGCUUGCUCCAACAACAUUGCCGACUCCUCGUGUGCCGUUCUCUACCCAGCUCCAGUCACUGCCGACGGAUACCCGUCCGCCGGAAGAGAUCAGCAGAGACCUCUCGCCUGCUACACCACCCAAACUGCCACUCCGGCCGGAAUCGUGAUGGACAUGAAGGCCGCCGCCCUUAACAACUGCGCCAGAACUUGCGGAUUGUGCUGCCAGACUAACGGAUACAACUGCCCUAAUGUUGCCUGUAAGUACUGCUUCAAAGCCUUCGGAGACUUGAACUUUGAGACUUCAGAUCCACGUCUCAACUGCAACACCAUCACCUCCGCUCAGUGCGCCUCGUCCGCCUGGCGUUCCAUUAUCGCCGUCGACUGUCCAUCGGCCUGCGGAUUCUGCAACAUGGGAGGAUGCGUUGACGCCGUCACCGAUUGCGCCAACGACGUGACCAUCUGCCGCACCGUCGGACUCCAGGACUUUGUGAACACGUACUGCCAGAGAACGUGCAGCCGUUGCGCUUCCUCCACGACCGUCUCGUCGUCCUCCUCCUCGUGCUCCUCCUACAUUGCCGACUCGAGCACCGCCUGUAAAUCCUGGGCCGCCAACGGCUUCUGCACCAACACCUUCUACACUACGACUCAACGCAAGGCCUACUGUGCCACCACUUGCAAACUCUGCUAG